GUCUUAUCAACAUUGGCCAAGGAACACCAUUCAUCUCAUCAUUAGAGUUCAGAGAACUUCCUUAUCUCAGUUACUUUACUUUAUAUUCCUUGUACCUUUAUGGUCGAUACGAUAUGGGGUCAAUAACAAAUGAGCAAUACAGGACUGGAGUAUCUACAUCAUGGUUGUAAGCCACCAAUAGUUCACAGAGAUGUGAAAACAACAAAUAUCUUAUUGACAGAAAAUUUCAAUGCCAAGCUUUCAGAUUUUGGACUUUCAAAGACUUACCCAACAGAUGACAAGUCCUACAUGUCCACUGUUAUUGUUGGCACUCCAGGUUAUCUUGAUCCAGAGUACUAUACAUCAAACAGGCUAACUGAAAAAAGUGAUGUGUACGGUUUUGGAGUUUCCUUGAUGGAAAUAAUUAGUUGCAGACCAGUAAUUUUGAACACCCCAGACCGAGAAACGAAUUACAUAGUCAAAUGGGUUCACGCAAUGGUUUCUCAGGGAGACAUCAAGAAUAUAGUUGACCCAAGAAUAAAAGGAGCAUAUGAUAGUAACUCUGUUUGGAAAGUUGUGGAAUUAGCCUUGGCCUGUGUAUCAGUAGACUCCAAUCAAAGGCCAACGAUGAAUCAAGUGGUGAUAGAGUUGAAGGACUGCUUAAGCAUGGAGUUGAGUCAGAGAUCAGAAAGCCGUCCAAUGGAAUUAAAAGACUCCAUUGAAAUGAUGUCCAUAUCAAUGGUUAUGAAUGCCAGCCACUCUAGUCCCAUGCCAAGGUGAAGAAAAUAUUCUAGGAACUGACUCCGCUUCAAUUAUUUUCUGGUUUCAACUUUCAGCUUCCCUUUGAAUUAUUUGAAUUGGUUGUAUCCAAUCUUCAUCUCAUCAAAUAAACCGUUGGAGAUGAUGAAAUAUAGUAAAAAAAAAAAAAUAGGUUAGAUGAGAUUUGUGGUAUUACUUAAGUUGAAUUUGCAAUGAAGUUAAUCCAAGAUUAGAAAGAGCGGCAAUAUGAAACCAACUCGAGUUAGAAGACAGUGGAAGUGGCAAUGUCCGACCAUGAGAACGUUGUGGCGGAACUCAAAGAUUGCUUCAGCCAUGGAACUGAGUCCACAUGGCUUGAUUCAACAAAUUCCAUUGAAAUCAUGAGGUUGAGUUCAUCUCUAUGGAGUUCAUGGCUGCCGUUUCAUGUCCGAUGGAUGUGAAUAUCCAAUCAUUCAUGACACAUUAAAAUCUCCAAAUGUUUUACUCCUUUACACCUUAUUACUUUCAUCUAACAAAUCAUAGUUGAAACACAUGUGAUUGAGUUGUGUUGUACUUGAAUUUUCUCCUUUUGACAUGAAUUACAAAUUUACAAUAAU